AUAUGCGAAGGUCAAGUAACACCUCCCCUAUUGUUACGUAAAUUCUCCUCAAAGCAACAACCACGCACCUUCUCUGCGGGAACUCUCUCUCACUUAGAUACUCACAAAAAGAGUACGGUGAUCAUUUGCAACAUCAAAACUCUUCAAUCUUUCUUUCAGGAAAUUAACAUGUCUGUAACAAUAACAAUUCUUAUUUCCCUUCUAUCAAUCUCCCUUCUUACAACUUCAUCGUCUUCCUCUACCGAGUCUUUCAUUUUCGGUGGAUGUUCACAGCCAAAGUACAUCUCAGGCUCUCCUUACGAGUCAAACGUCAACUCGCUACUCACUUCCCUUGUUAACUCAGCCACUUUCACCAACUACAACAAUUUCACCGUUCAAAGUCCUUCUUCUUCGCAAGACACUAUCUACGGCCUUUUUCAAUGCCGCGGAGACCUCUCCAAUGGCGACUGUGCUCGCUGUGUUCAAACCGCCGUGAGUCAACUCGGAACUCUCUGUCUUGACUCGUGCGGUGGCGCUUUACAACUCGAUGGGUGCUUCGUUAAGUAUGAUAAUAUGAGCUUUUUAGGCGUAGAGGACAAGACUCUGGUGUUGAAGAAAUGUGGUCCGUCGAUCGGGUAUGCAUCUGAUGCGUUGACCAGACGUGAUGCUGUAUUGGGCUUCUUAGGAGCCAGUGAUGGGUCCUACAAGCCUUACAGAGUUGGUGGGUCCGGUGACAUUUACGGUGUGGCGCAGUGUGUACAGGAUUUGAGUGCGAGCGAGUGCCAGGAUUGCUUAUCGGACGCCGUCGAACGGCUAAAAACUGAGUGCGACCCCGCCGCCGCUUCUGGGGACAUGUUUUUGGCGAAAUGCUACGUCCGUUUCUCGAUGCGUGGAGCUCACUCUCACGGUGGAAACGAUGACAAUAAUAAUGAUGAAGAGAUAGAGAAGACACUUGCAAUAUUAAUUGGACUUAUUGCUGGGGUUGCAUUGCUCAUUGUAUUCCUUUCUUUCUUAAGAAAAGUGUGUGAAAAAGAAAAAGGUGGUAAAUGAUAGAAAAUUUGUGGACAUAUCAGGAAUUGUACUGUACCUCUCUGGUAAUUUGCUUUGCUUAUGGUGCCAUGUAUGCUUCCACUUUUGUAAUAUGGUCUUCACUUUUAAUUUUUCUCUCUCCUCCAUAGCUCUUUUUUUGAAGUUCCUUUCUUAUCUCCCUCUAAAAAAGAAAGUCUGUGAAAGGGUAGAUAUAAAGAUGUGUCUGGAAAUAGAUUGUCUUGAAACAAGUGAAAAAGAAAGUUUGCAAUAAGGUGACAAAUCUAAAGAUUACAAACUCUCUUUCUUUCUUUCUUUCUCAUACAUCAACUUAACAAUUAUUUGUUAGUUUUAAUUUGUUUCUAAUCAAUUAUUUGUAUAAACAGUAUUACACUUUUGUGAAAGUACUUUUUAUGAUGGUGCUCUAGUUAGUGCACUUGGCUGGGUGUUAUUAGAACAUUAAAGUUUGAUUUUCAUUAAAAAGUUAGUUAUACCA